AUGUUGCUUUCUUCAGGUAUAACAGACUCUCAGUUAUCGAUGUUUGAUGAUAAUAACAAUAUGUUACAAUUAUCUCCAAAGAAUCAAGAAGUUUUGAACAAAAUUUUCAAAGAAUUAAUUUUAUCUUUGACAAAACCAUUUGUCGAGUUUAUAGAUAUUCUAUUAGAACAUUUGCUAUGUUUAGAUAUUAAUUGUAACGAUUCAAGCAUUGAUUACAACAUCAAGUUACAGUCUUUGGGUAAUUCAGUCUCAUUGGAGCUAAUAUAUUCAAGAAAUUUAAUUACAAAACUAUCAAGUUCAAUUAAAAAUAAUUCCGAUUUAUCACCUGUAGAUUACAUACCGGUGAAUUUAAAUAUUUUGCAGAAAAUUCAUUCAAUUAUGAUCCAUUUUUUACAAAUAUUAAGCGAACAGUUAGAAUUACCUAAUUUUGCAACUUUGUUCAAAAAGAUUCUAAUCUCAACUUUCAAGGACUUCGAAAUAGUCUUCGAAUCCUUCAAAAUAUUAGAUCAAAUCCUGCAGAAUCUAUUCAUCAAUGCAAAACAAACUGGUUUAUCAGACUCCUCGAUAUUCAACGUGGACAACUCUUUGUUAGAACAAAUUCAAAUUUUUACAAGAAAUAAUUCAAUCUGGUAUAGAGAACUGAUACUAAAUUCAAACUCAUUGAAUGAAUACAUAACAAAUCAUGUCACAAACACCACCCCAACAACAACACCAAACAAUCAAAACAAUAGUAAUGAUAUCCUAAAUAUAAUAGCUGAUAUAAAGUUUCAAGAUUUCUUGGAGACUAGAAAACUACGUCUGAAUAUAUCAAACAGAAGAAUCUUUUAA